CUGCAUCGGACGCUCCGCGUGGCGGCAUAGAAUCUAGGCUCAGUCGUCGAAGAAGCUCAAGGACGUAAAGCUCUUAAACGGUAUGUCGAGGCCGAUGUAUCUGUACAGCACAUGGACAUACAUGAUACACCAUCGUCAAUGAAUCAAAAAGGUGCCCACAUUCGAUGCGGAACGAUGCCGAUACUGCGGAAGACGCCCAUCAGACAGCAUCGUCGCGUGUCGUUACCAGCGGUCAAAGAACACGCCCCCUGGUAUCAGGACUCAGGAACCACCACCACAGCAGUCUCAAGAAUCCGAGGAAGUUUCUGCCCGAUGGGCGGGCAUCUCUCGUCCGCGCUGUUCUCGUUUGCCCGUUCUGUCCAAGCCGACAGCUGUCGUGAGGAUCCAUUUCCUCACCUCAUGCAACGGCAGGCUAUGACCUACCUACGUCAACUCCAGUCCACCUCCCCUCUGGGUCCUUGUCUCCUGAUGGUGAAAAAACUGCUCCAGUUGCCGUCGUUGAAUCCGCUCGCUGGGACGAAGUGUAACCUUGGGGCACGCCGCACGGCAGCAUCUCCGUCUGGGGGCACCGAGUGAUUGGGUGCCGAGCGGCCAAUCCCCUUGCCCCGGCGAAUC